AGCAAGGACAGAGGAGAGCAUUUGGUUGAGUUAAAUUUUUGUACUUUUAAUCCUUGUUUUAGCCUCAUUUUAACCGGUUGUAUUUAUUACAUUUUUGUUUGGCACUGGUUCUGGCUUUGAUGUCUAAUUGCAUAGAUUCCAAUGCACAGAUUAUUAUGGGGACAAUCGUAAAUUAAGAAACGCAUCUAAAAAUACUUUGAGCAAAUUCUGCCAUGUCUAAAUAAUAUUAUGGAAGUAGACCCUAAUACUACAGUCGCAAUUCCUGUUAAAUCAUUGACAUAUUUGCACUACACGUGUAGACCAUACUUACAAAACCUUAGAUUAUGCAAAGCCGCUGUAACUUUGUUUCCAAUUGAAUAACUUUAAUUCAUGCAUCAUUCUAUUUUAUAUCGGCGGAGGAAAGUACUCAUUUAUCCGUCAACUGACUGGCCGAAAGGCCUCCCCUUUAAUAGUCUCUUCGCCCUAGCGGUAAACAUUGGGCUCGAUCUCCUUGGAGACUAUGUAGUGGAGAGUGAACGAAAUAGGACUUCAGAACGGGAUCAUGGCGGCGCCGUUUGGGCGCGACACCUUACCUGAGCAAUGGUCUUUCGGUGUCUGCGGAGAUGGCAGAGUGUUUUUCGUUCACGAUGAAACGAGCACCACUACUUGGCUCCAUCCGCGAACGGGCGAACCUGUCAAUUCCGGACAUAUGAUACGGUCAGAUUUACCUCGAGGAUGGGAAGAGGGUUUCACGGACGAAGGGGCCGGCUACUUCAUAAACCAUAACCAGAGGACCACGUCGUUCCGGCACCCCGUGACGGGACAGGUGUCUCGGGAGAACGUGGAUUUUAUCCUCCAAGAACAGCCAGGUGGCCGUAUGUCCAACCCCCAGCAGGCCGACUUGCGGCUUUCCAGCACCAUCAGCGAGGCUUCCACUGUGGACACCGCUUCGGGGUCAAAGGGCUCCAGGUCCAGUGGGAGGGUGCUACAUUUUGGGAAGCGUGAGCAGUCCAUCAAGAGGAACCCCAACGUCCCAGUGGUGGUGAGAGGAUGGCUCUACAAACAGGACAGCUCUGGGAUGAGGCUUUGGAAGAGGAAGUGGUUUGUGUUGGCUGACUACUGCCUGUUCUACUACAAAGACAGUAGGGAAGAGUCAGUCCUGGGUAGUAUUCCUCUGCCCAGCUAUGUCAUCUCAGCCGUGGAACCUGAAGACCACAUCAUCCGCAAGUACGCCUUCAAGGCCAGCCACACAGGCAUGCGCUCAUAUAUUUACAACCGGAGCUCUGUGAUUGGCUCGCAGGCGGAGCACAGCGGCAUGCGGACCUACUUCUUCAGCGCCGACACACAAGAAGACAUGAACGGCUGGGUGAAGGCCAUGAACCAGGCGGCGCUGAUGCAGAACCACACCGCCAGCCUCAAGAGACCUUCGGAAACAUCGGAGGUAUCGGAAAUGCCCAGCGUGUCAGAGCGCCAGGCAGUACCACAAACCAACCACGUCAACAACUACACUGAGAACGCCCCCCAUCCCCCAGUCGACCUCCACCUCCAUAGCGAUGGGGUGGUCCUCCAACCGGCUGACAUCCACCGAGAAACCGAGCAGCACUGUAGCUUCUGGAACGACACUCCCAAUCCCAUUGCUUCAGAAAUUGUCCUUGGUGGUGGGAACAUGGAAAUCGAAAUGGACGCCAUCCCUCCUAGCAGUCUCUCUCCCCUUCCACCAUACUCAGCCUCCUCAACUACAUCUGCGCCCUCCUCCAGGGCGCAAAUGCGCGCCCCUUCGUACACCGCCUCAACCCUACCCCCCGGGGCCUGUCUGAGGAACGGGACACCCACCCUGGAGCCCAACGGGAUGGGGACGGGGACGUACCAGAGGGCCACCCUGCCCCCCCAGGUGAUGGAUACUCACAGGCAGGUGCAGAGGCGGAGUGCCCUGGAGCAGGUGGAACACUGGGUCAAGGUGCAGAGGGUCGAGCACAAAGGUACCCCCUCUAGAGGGAGCACCCUGCCCCGCCACACCCCUCCGACCCAGCCCACGUUCAUCGGCCUGGAAGCCUACCAGACACUACCAAAGACCCCACGCCACAGUCCCCCGACGGCUGCACGCCACGGGGAGUACAAAUACGCCCAGGACCGCCUUAGCCACUUCCGCCUCGGACCCCCGAACUCCCAGGGUACCGGUGCCAGGGACGGGGGUGGCAUCGGUGGGCCUGGCACCGUAUGGCAGCUGUAUGAGUGGCAGCAGCGCCACCAGUUCCGCCACGGCAGCCCCACCGCCCCCCUCUACACACCUUCCCCGGACUACCCCUUCGGGCACCGGCCCCCCUCCACGGUCCCAGCCCCACGGCCCAGCUCCGAGGUGCCCCGCUGUGUGUCGGUACCCCCUGAUCCCUCUGACAUCCCCCCACUGGGACCCCCACGGGGCUCCAGGGCCCUGUCCCCCCCGCGGAGGCCCCAUACGCCUGCUGACCGGGUGGUAGUAAUGCCCCUGGGAGAGAGGCCCGCGCUGGAUGUGCCUGUGGCUGGGUCCCCCCGGAGAGCCAAGUCUCAGCUGCUCAACGCUGCCACCAUCGACAGACGGUCCAUCCCUCCCUCCUGCUACAUCACACACACGGUCAGCGCGCCCAGCCUUCACGGGAAGACGGUUGACGAUACUUACAUGCAACUGAAGAAGGACCUGGAGUAUCUAGACUUGAAGAUCAAAAGUUUAGAGCCGUUGAUCCUCAUGGCUCACAGUGUGCUACUGCACUGCACUGCCAGGCCUCUCGGGCCACUAUGGAACGUGGUUGGAAGUCAGUCGUUGAAAGAAGAGACGAAACCUGUCAAAAUAGCUGAGAGUGACGUUGAUGUGAAACUCAGUGGGUUAUGUGAGCAGGACAAGAACCUGAAGGAACUGGAGGUCCAGAUCAGCUCUCUGAAGAACAAUAAGGACAAGCUGGAGUCGGUUCUGGACCUGUCCCGCCAACAGAUGGAGCAGUACAGAGACCGGCCGGCCCACCUGGAAAAGAUAGCCUACCAGCAGAGACUCCUACAGGAGGACGUGGUGCACAUCAGGGCCCAGAUCUCCAGAGUGUCCACGGAGAUGUCCCGGGCCUGGGAGGAGUACAGCAGGCUAGAGAGCUCAGUGGAACAGCUGAGGACCGCGCUACAGACCACCAUGAACUACAGCACCACCUCUCAGCGGGAGAAAUCUGAGAUAAAGCGGGAGCUGUGGAGAAUGGAAGACGUGAUGGCAGGGCUGAGCGCCAGCAAAGCCAACUACAAGAUCACCAUCAACUCAGUGCAGAACCCAGAGAGGAAACUAGUGCCUUCGGUGUUGGACCCUGCAGUGCCUUCCCAGUGCCCUACACCCCCACUAGGGGAGGUUAGGCCCCCUCCUCUCAGCUCAUACAUACUGCCUCACAACCCUGUGCCAAAGUGGGCAGAAGAUGAGGCUCCUCCCAGGCCACCCCUGCCCCGCCUUUACGACUAUGAAGACCCGCCCCCCACCAUCCCACCCCUCCCCAAAGAGGCAGCAGCGGUCGUAAGACACACGUCGGUUCGAGGGCUCAAACGCCAGUCAGACGAGCGGAAGAGAGACCGUGAGGUCGGAGGGUGUGUCAACGGAGACUGUAAGGUGGAGCUGCGGUCGUACCUCAGUGAACCAGAGCUGCCGGGGAUGGGCCGGAGCAGCAUAGGGUCUGAGGGGGGCUACCAGACCCUCCCAAACAAAGGUCUGUCAGGCUCAUCGUCGCAGCUGAACCAAUCCAGUAAUAUCUCCUCCUACGUGACCCUAAGGAGAGGAGUGGCUGGCUCAGCAGGGAGGGAGAGACCUAAGAGUGCCUUGGAGCAGCUGUACUCUUCCGACCAGCAGCCCCAGUCUCUGGCCCAGGCCCCCCGGAGCCGCAUGAGUGCUGAGGAGCAGCUGGAGCGUAUGAAGAGACACCAGAGGGCCCUGGUCCGCGAGCGCAAGAGGAACCUCAGCCAGGGAGAACGUCACUCCACCACCCAUCGUUCCUCAUCCACUAACAGGCCUCUCUCCUCCACUGACCUGGGCUCAUGGAGGCGAGAGCAGCAGGACUUUGAUUUGCAGCAGGAGCAGAAAGCUCAGGUGGUGGAGCGACUGGGUGCCGAGGGCCAGAGCGACGAGGGGCAUAGAGAGCUGAGGGAAAGGGAGAGGAUCCAAUCAGAUGAGUGGCUCACGGUGAUGGCCACGCCCAUGAGGGGGACUGACAUGGAGCCCCUCGACUACGACCUGAACCUCAGUCGUGAGCUGUCCAAGCCCCAGAAGGUGCCUAUCUCAGAGCGCUAUGUGGAGUCAGACCCCGGGGAGCCUCUGAGCCAGGAGCAGAUGGAGGAGCGUCAACGCAGAGCAGAACGCAUCAUAAACAUCCUGGCCAAAUCCAAUGUUCAGAACACACAUCUGUCGUCUGGUGUGGCUGUCCCACUGGACUUUACUGAUCUGGACCUAGCCAUGCAGCAGCAGAAGAGGAUUAUGAAUGUGUCUCACGCCUUGGCCUCUGAAGCCUCCAUCAAGAGCAAGCAGUUCACAGCCAAAGCUCAGCUGAGCACUGACUGACCAUUGACACAGACGCCAAGACACCGACAGGACAUCCGUGAAUGAAAAUAAUCGAUGGGCAAAGGAUCUAAUACUAAUCAUUUUCAGCAAUUAAAGCCAGAGUGAUGUUUUAUAAUACUUUUAAUUGGAGUUACUCGAAACUCAACGAGAGCAUUGAAACUGUGCGUGUACCUAAUGUUAAGUUUGAAUUGGAGUUGUGUUUUGCACUUUAAUGUUGUGUGUAAUUGUCAACACUAAUAGUUUUUGAAGUGUGGUCUAUAUUUCUAAACAAAAAGUUCUAAACAAUGUUUUAUAGGUCGUUGAGAUGGAAAUGUAAUUAUGACAUGAAUCAUAUAUUUAUUUUAUUUUGACUAAUGAAAGACAAUCUUGGACCAAAUUGCAACUUUGUAGCUCAGCACUGCCAUGUAAACGCUUUUGCCAAUCAACUGUAUUGUAUUAUGUGUAAUUUAAAAGGGAAAUAAAACCAUAAUGAUGUUUUCUGGAAAUAAAGGUUUUAACAAAACAUGUUGCCUCCUGUCCAGUUCUCUCUCAAUAUUUAAUCAUGAACACACGUAUACGGUCAAUGUGUCAUAAAUCAACUCACUUCAAACAGUAAAUGCAAGACGAUUCAAACACGAGCAUGUUUAUUUUGGGCUCAAUUCCAGCCAUAGUGCUUAAGAUCGGCUUUAUAGCGCAAUUGACAAUUAAAGGGAUCACUCUUAACAUUUCCCCCAAAAAAUGUAAUGACAAGACAUGGAAAAUUACAACAUUGUCUCACUAAUGCAUUUCCACAAAAUACACAUGCGCAGCAGAUUUGGCAACAACAAAAAAGCACAUUAUCCAUACAGGUUGUUGCAUGGAAUCCUUUUAGCCUGGCAUAUUUACUUCACACAAAGUGGCCAUCAAUUAAAAACACACAUAACUGACAUUGCUCGACUGCACACCAGAUCCGAAUGCAGUUGAGUUUGCAGUUUUGAGUUCUCAUUAGAACUGAAAAUUAGAUCCCGGUCCGACCCAAGUCCGUAAAGCUUGAAGCCCGAGCCCAGGCCUGACAUCACAGAAAUUAAAUUAGCCCCAACCUGGAAAAAAAAGCCAGAUUUCUAGAAAAAUAAGUAUAAUGAUUUAAAUUGGUUUUGAGAACAAGGCGGGUGGCAGCACAGUGAGGAGAUGAGGAAAUAGCCAUUGGAAAUAGAAAAGGCGCAGAGAGAAAAACUCACCUUAGUUAUGAUCAACUGAAUGAUUAAAAUAUAGGCUAAUGCAAUUGAAGGCAUGUAUCAAAUUCUUGCUUAUACUGUA